GUCUCCCCUCUAUCUCCAUCGAAGCUCCAUGGCUUCCAUACCCACAGCCUCGUUCUCUUCCUCGAUUCCCUUCGUAAAGCCUUUCACGAGAUGCUUUCCCUACAUUCUGAAACACUCUUCCAAAAUGGCUUCGAUGCACGCCGCAAUCCAUGGGGGAAAUCUCAAGGCGAUGCUUCUCUACUACAACAGCAGGAAGUGGCUGUCAAUGGUCUCGGCUGUCGCCACUGAUUCGUUGGAGUCCACGAUUUCUGCGGAGAAAAACCAGAACGAUAAGAAAGAGAAAGUUGUUCUUCCGACGAACGAGUCGUCUCAGAGGCUACUCAGAAUUCGUCACACGUGUGCACAUGUGAUGGCUAUGGCUGUGCAAAAGCUUUAUCCUGAUGCAAAAGUCACAAUUGGGCCUUGGAUCGAAAAUGGGUUUUAUUAUGACUUUGAUAUGAAGCCUUUGACAGAUAAAGAUUUGAAGAGAAUCAAGAAAGAGAUGGAUCGAAUUAUUGGAAAGAAUUUUCCCCUUGUAAGAGAAGAAGUUUCAAGAGAUGAAGCUCGGAGAAGAAUAUUGGAUUUGAAUGAACCUUACAAGCUAGAGAUUUUGGAUAGCAUUAAAGAAGAGCCCAUCAUAAUUUAUCAUAUUGGCAAUGAAUGGUGGGACCUAUGUGCUGGACCUCAUGUUGAAACUACUGGAAAUAUUAACAAAAUGGCAGUUGAACUUGAAUCUCUUGCUGGUGCCUAUUGGAGAGGAGAUGAAAAGAAGCCAAUGUUGCAAAGAAUCUAUGGCACUGCAUGGGAAAAUGAAGAGCAAUUGAAAGCAUACCUUCACUUCAAAGAGGAAGCUAAGCGUCGGGAUCAUAGGCGCCUAGGGCAAGAUCUUGAUUUGUUUUCAAUACAGGAUGAAGCUGGUGGGGGUUUAGUAUUUUGGCACCCAAAGGGAGCUAUUGUGAGACACAUAAUUGAAGAUUUAUGGAAAAGGAUUCAUAUGGAACGUGGUUAUGAUCUGCUGUAUACGCCACAUGUGGCUAAAGCAGAUCUUUGGAAGAUAAGUGGCCAUUUGGACUUCUACAAAGAGAAUAUGUAUGACCACAUGAAUAUUGAAGAUGAGCUUUAUCAACUUCGGCCAAUGAAUUGCCCUUAUCAUAUUUUGGUAUACAAAAGGAGGCUUCAUUCUUAUCGGGAUUUUCCUAUUAGGGUAGCAGAAUUGGGGACAGUUUAUAGAUAUGAGUUAUCUGGAAGCUUACAUGGCCUUUUCCGUGUUAGAGGCUUCACCCAGGAUGAUGCACACAUUUUUUGUUUAGAUGACCAGAUUAAGGAUGAAAUCAGAGGUGUAUUAGAUCUUACUGAAGAAAUAUUGCUGCAAUUUGGUUUUGACAAGUAUGAAGUAAAUUUAUCUACAAGGCCUGAGAAAUAUGUUGGAGAUGACAUUAUAUGGGAAAAAGCUACUUCUGCUUUGAAAGAUGCUUUGUAUGAUAAAGGGUGGUCCUAUCAAAUCGAUGAAGGAGGAGGUGCAUUUUAUGGGCCGAAAAUUGAUCUCAAGAUUGAGGAUGCCCUUGGUAGGAAGUGGCAAUGUUCAACCAUACAGGUUGACUUUAAUUUACCCCAGCGUUUUGACAUCACUUAUGUAGACUCAAACACAGAGAAAAAGCGACCUAUAUUGAUCCACAGGGCAAUUCUAGGAUCCUUGGAAAGAUUCUUUGGUGUUCUGAUAGAGCAUUAUGCUGGUGAUUUUCCAUUAUGGCUUUCUCCAAUACAAGCACGAGUUUUACCAGUUACCGAUGCCCAGCUUGAAUACUGCAAUGAUGUGACCGACAAGCUGAAAGCAAAUGGAAUUCGAGCUGAAGUUUGCCAUGGAGAGCGCUUGCCGAAGCUUAUAAGAAAUGCAGAGAAGCAGAAGAUUCCAUUGAUGGCAGUUGUUGGACAACAGGAAGUGGACACGCAUACUGUGACUGUUAGAUCGAGGUUUGCAGGGGAGCUUGGAACCAUGUCAGUUGAUGAUUUUAUCAGCAGAAUAAAGUUGGGUACGGAAAGUUCAGCAUCUUCAUGAGAUUCUUUCAAUUAAAAGAUGCUGGCCACCCUAUUUGUUCAAGGAAAGAUUGGAACAAUCUGAGUCAUUUUGAGGGGUAACAACCUUUGUACAUUAGAAAAUAAUUAGUUGAAUACAGAUCCCUUGAAGGUGUUUCCUUCUCGUAAAGUGUGGCCAGUAAGUGUAUGAAAUGUAGAUUCAAUCAUGAGUUGGGUUUAAUUAAAAAUAAAAAAGGAAAGUAGCAGAAAUGAUAUAAUUCAUAGCAACUCACUUUCGGAGCUGAUCAUUAGUUAACCAUGACCAUGUGUUCUUGGUAAUAGAUGAAGUAAAUGCAAUUUGAAGCUGUACAUUCGAACCAAAAGUAUGUGUAUCUUGGAGGAAUAUUGGUGAGAUUUUGUAUAUCAAAAUUGAACAUUAUUUAAUGUAAUCUGGCUUGAUUGUUAGGUGGUGCACAUUGUUAUAUGCCAGCUCAAUAAAGAAAAUUGCUAUAUGCCAAAUCUUUCUGAUUUAUCAUUUGCUCGGAGA